AUGGACAACACAUCCUUUCCUCCACUCGAACAGGGCCAGUCCGCCCGCGUCUUGGGCGUCGUGGAGAUGCUCGAGAACAUACUACUCAAUCUCAGCUCCGCCGAUACUCUAAAGAAUGCACAAGGGGUCUCAAAGUUCUGGCGAGAGGUUGUUCAAGGAUCAAAUGCACUUAAGAAGAAGUGCUUCUUGAUCGCCGACGAGAUGAGCGAAGAGGAAACAGACCCCGACGAACCAGAUGCUAUCCGCCGACUACAAUACAAAGUGGGCAUCCAGGACUAUUUCGAGACGCUUAAUGACGAUAAAGAGAUCAUACCUCUGACGAUCAACGUGGGCCGUCAGUGUCGCGGCUUUUGGCCUGAUGAUGAAUACGACCCGCGAACCUGCGAGUCGCUGCUUGACAUGUCACGGUUGAACCCGCUGCUUCGCCGAUCGUGGACAGGGAAAGCGUCCGCUAUCUUCACCGGCCACGAGAAACACAUGAUCUUCUUACUGGGCGACAACUUCAACGAGGGCUGCGAGUACUUCACAUACAUUCGGGAAUUUCUGGAAACCUUCGCAAAUGCCAUGAGCACCGAUGCGUCAAGACGGCCCUGGAGAACGGUUCAGAUCAGUUCACCUGCCGUCACGAAACUUACCAUCAUGACCACUCUACCUGGGUGGUUCGGCGAUGGAACUCACGAUUAUCUCGGUGAUACUGGUAUCACGAUGCUUGACUUCGCGCACGUGUUCAUCUGGACGAUCCGGAAAGCUUUGGAAGCCUAUUCACCGGCUGAUCUGGAGUACUGGAUGGGUCAAAUGCGUUCGUUCAAGCGAGGUGGCAGGACAUGGAGGAGCUACAUGCGCUCAUACAAGAAAGAGCGAGACCUCAUCGAAAAGUUGAUGGACCGAAUUGACGACAUGAAGGGUAUAUGGUAG